AUGGCCUCCUCCUCGUCGCAAGCAGUUGCGAAACGAUCAUCAGAUACUCAACUGAUGCCCCCUCCUCCGCCAGCCAAAAGAAUAAAACGACCACCAGUAGCUCUGGACGAAGACGAUUAUACUGAUGCCCUUUCUCAUAUUGUCGCCCGAGACUUCUUCCCUGGGCUGCUCGAAACCCAAGCUCAGCAAGAUUACCUUGACGCCCUUGAGUCCAAGGAUAAAGAAUGGAUUGCCACAGCGGGGAGGAGAAUGGCUCAACUAAUGACACCGGGUUCGCAGAGGAGAUAUGCUGGGACAUCCAUGACACCACAUCGCGGAAGGACUCCCAGCUUGCCGAAUACGGAUACUCCCCACAGGACCCCGGCUAUGGACAAGAACACGCCCAGAGGCUGGAAAGGAGAUACACCGAUGUCGUGUGCUACACCCGGCAGCAUGGCAUCGGUUGCGACAAGCUCAGCAGGACGCGAGAUCUCAUCGAAAAUUCGAAACAUGGGAUUAGGGUCUUUUCAGCAGAAAUAUACCAGCGAAGACAACGAAUCAUUCAACAAAUUACUCGAUAAACAAAAUGAGAAGAAGAGAGAGAAAUACGCCUGGCUAUGGAGUGGAAAUACGAUACCCUCUGGUAGGGAGCUAGUGCAUAAAAAGCGGGAAGCUAAAAGGCUGGAAGCGCAGGCCGCGCCAGACGGAAGCAAGGAGAAACAACUUAUGAAGCUAUCAGACACCAAGACUACAGCGGAUAACCGUCCGGCGAGACCAGAUGGAUGGAAAUCGAAACCCGAGAAUUCCUUGAUGUUUGUUCCUUCAUCGGUAGAAGACGACGUGGAAACAGUUCAGCAGAAGCAAGAAGCUACAUCCCGAAUGGGAGAGAAGCAAGUCCUCUAUCACAACACCCGUCUAAGACCGCAGAUGGAAAAUAAUGACGGGGAACAAUACACAAGUGUUCCGCCAUCACCUUCCUUAUCUGCGGUUCGUGACGCAAUCGCCGGAAAGCCUAGACCUACUGACUCGGAGCCAGGGUAUACCGGCGGUGAAACUCCUCGUGUAAACGGGUACUCCUUUGUUGACGAAGACGAACCUGAACAUGAGCCACGCUCUGCGCCACAUGCUGACGAGGACGAGGAAGCAUAUCAUCUCAAGCUCCUUGAAAGCCAAGCGUCUGACUCGACGCCGAACCCGUUCAAGCUCAAAGAGAGCGGCAAGCGAGAACUGCUGCUUCACCGUAUGGUGGACCGAGUGGCGAAGAAUAAUAGAAGAGAAAAGGCGAUCAAAGAGACAAAGACCCCUGUCCCAAUGUUCCCAAGUAGCCCCAUGAUUGCCUUUGGGAAAUCGGGCGAUAGAUCGUCAAUUUCCAAAACUCCUCCGAUGAGCCGAGCGGCCCUUACCCCUGCCGCCCAGAGGCUCUGGGCCCAAGUGGGCAAUGGCACUCCCAAAAGAGCUGUGAUAUCAAAUUCAACGAGCGGGAAGAAUAUGUGGACACCUACUCCCAAAAGGGCCAAGUAG